AUGUCUGUGCCUUCUGCCGCAGAUAUCGAAACUGGCGUUUCUAAUGGCGAUGUAGACUGGCUUUUUCGAGGCAAAUCAAAGAAGUUGACCAAGAAACUCGCCCCAGACCAUCGUCUGUCCGUGUGCUCAGAAUCGAAGGACUCCCGCCGCUCAUCUGCUGAAAAGGACAGAGACGACCGAGCCAAAGACGCCGAUUCAAAAGAUUCCAAAUUCGAAGUCCCGGGUGCCUCCAAUGGCCCUGCUACAUCGAAACCACUGCCGUCUAUGCCUCAGCCUCCAGCUGUGGCUAUUCCAAAAACUCCAGCUUCCAAUGUUACUACAAAGUCUCAGGGACCAAGAUCUCCCGCUCCAAAGUCUCCCACUUCCAAAUCUCCGACAAGGCCAUCAGAACCCAAUUCUGUGGCCGAAGAUUCCACUGCGUCCGACACGGGGCUGAAGUUCCGCUUUGCACGAUCCAGAUCAACCUCGGCGCCCCAGAUCCCCGACUCUGACCAGCUGAAUUCAUCCGCAUCAACUAAACGGAGAAGCAGUGUCAAUUUCAUCCCCGGGAGCAGCGGGGCUUCUCCUGCUCCCGCAGACCAAGCAGAUGCAGCAACUUCCCAACCGUCAUCUGCCAAUGUUUCGAGGUCGAGCUCGGGGAGGGGAAAGUCUUUCUUCAGCUCGCUUUCCUCUAAAUUUAAAUCUUCUUCCUUGAGCUCACAAUCCACUUCAGCUUCUGCAAAUGGCUCGCAUGGAUCUCCUAACUUGAGUCCGGCCACUUCUAUACCACAUAAGCUCAACCCAUCGCUAAUCGGGUCGGGCUCACACGGCCACGUCGACCAGGAUUUGGCUUCGUUAGUUGUAAGACCUCCAGCUGAAGGUGGUAUACCCAUUGCACAACAAAGAAAACUUUCAAAUUCUUCGAGCCCGAAACUGUCUUUUGAGAAGGAGAAAGGCGGCUUCUUUAAGAGAAGGGGCCUGGUUGAAGUUCUGCGGAGUCCUAGCCAGAGACAAGUACUCAACAAAAAUCUAUGCAAAAACAAGGGCCUACUUCCAGAGAUCCAAGAGCCCCAGCUUAGAAGAGUCGCUUUCGCUCUCGAUAAACUCGACGACGAUCCACAGCAACAAAUUCCUUCCAGAAGACCUCGGAAAGGUAAUGUGUUGAUUCCUGAAGACUUGACGGCUCCGAUACCCAGAUUAGCGCAGGGUAUAUCCUCGAGUGACGGAAGAACAAUGCCUUCAGACUCAAAGUACACCGAAAAGGAACUUCAGUUGGCAAUUGAGGCUCAGAAGCGAGCAUUGUUGGAAGCAGAAAAGCAUGCCAUGGAGGCUCAUUUGUCUGCAAAGAAAUUGGCAGUCCAGAUUUCUCAGUACAAGGCCACCGGUAAGAAUUGUGUCCCUGAUGAGGAUGAGGUAAUGGAUGGCGUCGAGAAUAUUGAAAUUGACAAGCCAUUGCAUCUUCAUGAGAAUCAUUUCCAGGAAACAGAGGACCCUGCAGAGUUUAAUGCUAAGGAUGCAACAUUGGAGAUGAUAUACACCAGAUGUUGUCACUUGAGAGAAAUUCUUCCUAUUCCUGCAACUUUGAAGCAGCUUAAGAAUAAAACUCGGCCCUUGCAAGUACUCAAAUUGUUGAACCCUAAGCCAACUUUGAUUGAUGUUCUCUCGUUCAGUGAUUUCAUUGCAAUCACACCUAUCAAUACUAUCAUCUUCGACAAUGUGACGAUGUCAACAGAAAUGCUCAAGCAUUUGCUCUCAGCACUUGUUCAUAACAAGCACUUGGAAAAGCUCUCAUUAAGAAAUGUACCCAUUGACAGCACUGGAUGGUUAUACCUUUGCGAAUUCUUGAACAGAAAUCAUACUGUCAAAAAGCUAGAUAUUUCUCAGCAGAGAGUCAAGCAAGUCACUAAGCAUACCUCCUUCAGAUCUGCCAUGAAUUGGGAUUUGUUUAUCAAGGCGCUUGUCGCCAGAAACGGAAUCGAAGAGUUGGUUAUGGGUGGAUGCAAGCUUUCCGAUGACACGUUUGAAAACUUGUUAGAAAAUGCUUUGUCGAUAUCAACUUGCAGACUUGGAAUGGCAGCUACAGAAAUCAAUGUUGAAAAAUGUGAGAUGGUGGCUGACUGGAUCAGCAGAACGGACUCUAAAUGUGUGGGUCUUGACAUUGCCUACAAUGAUUUGAGUCAUGGCCAACUUAGGCCUUUCAUCAAGGUCUUCAAUACGAAGACAGUGAACUUAAUUUUUUUCUCAUUGAACUCAACAAAUCUUACUGAUGUUGAUGAGGUCUAUGAAUUAUUCCGUGGCUUGUCUAAUGUCAAGACAUUGAAGUUCUUGGAUUUGAGUUCCUUGCCUCAGCUUUUCCCAAGUGUCAUAUCGAAGUUAAACAAGACAUUGCCCUCAUUCUAUUGUUUGAAACGAAUCCACUUUGAUUUGAAUGAAUUGUCAUCAGAGUCAAUUGAAGCUUUAUCUGACAUUCUCCCAAAAAUCAAUGGCCUAGUGCACGUCUCCUUACUUGGUAACAGGAACUUAGAUAGGAGGUCUAUUGCAGCAAUUUACUCUGCAGUCAAACUGUCUGCCAUCUUUACUGUUGAUUUGGAUUACGAUCUCGUCCCUGAUGAGUUAUCCCAGAGACUAGCUCUCUAUCUUAUGAGGAAUAUGGACCGGACUAUUCGACCAGAUAUUAAUAACUUCAGCGGAGAGACUGAACAAGAUGAUGUUAUGUUUGAUGGCACCUUACUUAUGGAGCGUGCCGAAAAAAUGCUUAUGGAAAGCGAUAAGAACUCUGGCGAGACCGAUUUCAAGUUACAAAUGAUAAUUACCAACGCUUUGCUUGAAAAGACGAAUGCUAUUAGAAAGGACAUUCACAAAAUCAUUGAUAAUUUGUUCGAAAGGAGAAAUCAAGGCAAUCUCUCUUUCGAAGGAAAGGAGAAUCUUUUGCGUUUCUGCCUUCUUGAUGCUGCCCUUGAAAAGGUGGUUCACUUGUUCGAGCAGAAAGCAGAAAUGUUCAGCACUCCUCUUAGUCCAUCCCCAUCUGUCCAGAUUCCACUGAAUGCCGCACAAGUUGGAGAUCACGACCUACUCCAUGAGAGUUCCUCUGCCUUACUUGAUGCCGGUCCCAUCUUAAUGGCUAAAAACUCACGUCCUAGCUUGCAUGCUGAAACGUUCCAAGGAGUUGAUCAAACAUUCCAACCACACUCUGUGGUGGUUGAGGCUAAGUCAGAUGGAAGCAAAAUACCGGUUGACAAUCUUACUGGACAUCCAGUGUUGAUGAGAUCAAUUUCUCAAACGUCAGUUCAUGCCAAGGAGCAAGAGUUGGAAGAAGGAGAGUUUCAUCGGUGGGGUUAUUUCAUGGAGCACAGAAACAAUGAUUCUGAUGGCAUACAAGAUAACACACCACAGGCACUUCCAUUACCUGCGCUCCCUUCUGGAUCCGAGCUUCGGGAAGCUAUCAUUGAUGCGAAGGGUAUCGAUUCGGUGACCCAGUUGAUUAGUAAGAUCAACACCAAUCGAGUCUCUCUCGACAAGAUUUACAACAUUGAUGGGCUUGAUGCCAAACAGAGUCCGAGAAUUGACGGGGAACAAAAAACAGAUCAAUCUGCUAAUGAUGGUGAGGUAUUCGAGGACGCUUCUGAAAGGAUACCUGGUGAUGGAGAAGACUUGGGAUCCAUCGACUCGGAAGAGGAACAUACUGUCCACCCAGUUGUUGAUGAAGCGUACGAUAAGUUGUUGAACGAAGCGGAAAGGGUACGGUCAUACAAAUAA